AUGCAGCUAGCACAAGCGCCUACAGGAGGUCCAGCGACGCCGCCAGCCGUGCCCAGCGACCCUCCCAUCGCUUCCACGUCCUCGCUCGCCUCCCCACUACCCGACCAGAGUCCGGCGCUUUCACGGCGCGAGCAGGUCCUCGAAGCGGUCGAGCGCAGUGACAAUGACAGUCUGAGGCAGUUCGCGGCGGAUGGAGCUGGUUUCGAAGACCGGGAGUUGCGGAGGAAGGUCUGGCCGGUGCUGCUUGGCUGCAGUAGAAAGGGCGAGGAACGGGCGGAUGCGGCGGACUGUGCCGAAGAGCUGGCUAGCUUGCCAAUCCGCGACGACGAGCGGCAGGUCCGCCUCGACAUCGACCGGAGCCUCGUCAGCUAUCCGCAUGACGUCGCGGAUGACCAGCGUGACGCGCUCCGGCAACGACUCGAGACGGCUAUUCUCACUGUCUUGCGACGGCAUCCGGCUUUGCAGUACUUCCAAGGCUAUCACGAUAUUAUCUCCAUCCUCCUCCUUGUUCUCGACGACGACCACCUACUCCUCGAGACGGCCGAGCAUCUGAGCCUGCACCAAAUCCGCGACAGCAUGGGCACUGGUCUCGAGCCAACUCUCGGCUACCUCAAGCUGGUACACCGCAUAAUCGAACGAGUAGACCCGGACUUGCAUCGCGUCGUGAACCAUGCUGCGUCGAUGCCAUUCUUCGCGCUCUCCUGGGCCUUGACCUUGUUGAGCCACGACAUCGAAUCGGUCGCCGUCAUCGCUCGCUUCUUCGACUUCCUACUCGCCCAUAACCCCGCCAUGAUCUGUUAUCUUGUUGUAUCUAUUCUGCUUACGAAGAAGGACGACAUCGUUGCCGUCGCCGCAGCUUCCGAAGACGACCCGGCGAUGAUUCAUUCCGCCCUCUCGCAACUUCCGAAUAUCGUGCUCGAGCACCCUUGGCAUUCUCCUCCUCCCUCGCCAUCGCCCGCGCCCAAGCAGCCGGCCUUCGAUGGUCCGGACGACUACCUCUCCGAAGACUUGAUGUCUUCCGCCUCGUUCGUCGGCUCGGCUUCCGAUCUCUUGCGCUCGCCGACCCUUACGGCAACAACAGCCGAGGCCGAGACGGAAGACGAGGGACAGACGAGCAUCCUCGACGAAUCACUCAUUAGCACGUCCGAGGCUUCUCCACCUCGCACACGCGAGUCGAGCGGCAUCUCGCGGUCUGCCUCCUCGUCGUUCAUGUUUGACGCAGACGACGAGUCAGAGUCGCUGCGGUACUCAAUGGACGAGUCGCUCUUCUCCGACCCCGACAUCGACGGUCCAGCUUUCGACCCGCUCCCACCUUCUCGCUCUCGCACACCCUCGCCGCCCGCUCGCGGCCGCACACCGUCGCCGCAUACAUCUCGCUCUGGCAAUGCCGUCAUUUCCGCCUCUUUCGGCGACGACUUCGACUCGCCCUCGCACCUUCCCCCUCCUCGAACCGUUCUCGCCUCAGCCCUUAUCAGCCGCGCACUCGAGCUUUCGCAGCAGCACCCUCUCGAGACGAUCAACAAUCCUCCUGUUCUCGGACCGAACAGCUGCGUCUCGACUUGGGAACGGAGCAUGAGCGGCGAGUUGGGCGACGAAGAGGCGGAGGAGAUUGUGCGCAAGGGCGAAGGGAUCGUCGAUGUCGCUCUUCUCGGUCCAGAUGCGCCGCCAGACGACGAGCUGCCCGACGAAGGCGAGCCAGGCGGCGAAGACGACUUUGAGCUCGUCGAGCAAGACAAGUCGCCUCGCAAAGGUGGGAAGACUCGUCGGCGCCGGUCGACGCUCAGCGGCAGCGCGGCGGGACUCAAUCUCGGUCCGCACGGAUGGCUCGUCGUCUCGGGCGUGGCGGUUGCGACUGCGGCGGUUGCUUAUGGCGUCUACCAGCAAGGAGGAUUGCCGGGCUUCUCGCCUGGUUCGAGCGGGAGCGGGAAGAGCGGGGCGUCUGCAGGAGGAGGGCUCGGGACUGCGGGUGUCGGGCUUGGACUCGCAGGUGGACUGAGCGGAAUGGGGCUAUUUGGCGGAGGAGGAGCAGCGAACGGGGCGGCUGUCGCGGGCGAGGGGAAGAGACUGGUGUAG